AUGUCUUCACCAAAAGAGCUCAAAGAAGCGUCCAAAUUACCCUCCAAUGAAGCUUUUGAAGAAGUAAACAAAUACAUUAAAGGUGUUUACGACAUUCUGAAACAGGAGGCGAAUAAAGUUCACCAAGAAAGGGAAGCGUUUGAAGAGGUGGCAAAGAAGCUUGAACAUGUCCACUUCUCGAAGAUGCUGAAACUUAAUGUUGGCGGCCACCUUUUCUCGACAAGUUUGUCGACCAUGAAUAAAGAUCCAGGUUCCAUGUUACAUGCCAUGUUUUCUGAAAGAUUUGACACAAAACCUGACGAGGAUGGAACCUACUUCAUUGAUCGAGAUGGAACCCACUUCCGGUACAUCCUGAAUUAUCUGCGCACGGGGGAGCUUGUCGUCCCCGAUGAUAAGACUAUUCGUCAUGAACUGCUGAUUGAGGCCAAAUUUUAUCAAGUCGAAGGAAUAAUAAAGGAGCUGACACCAAAACCCGCCUUCGAGGCGUCUGAGAUCCUCUCAGCAGUCCAGGGCAAAACUUUGAUGAAGUGGUUGAAGAAAACCCUUGGUCUUGACAGCGUCAGUGAUGAAUUGUUAUACCGAGCCUCCCGCGAUGGCUGGGCAGCUUCCAACUUUCACUUCUGUUGUGAUAACAAGGGACCAACAGUUACGGUGAUCAAGAGUGGAAAUAAUAUAUUUGGAGGAUAUACUGAACACGCAUGGGAGUCACAUGUUUCUGGAUCGUACAAAACAGCACCAAGAUCGUUCCUGUUCAGUCUUGUGAACCCAAGUGGUCUAUCACCAACAAUGAUGUCUUUGAGAGCUGAAUACCAAUCGUACGCUAUCUAUUGCCAUACUAGCUAUGGGCCAACAUUUGGAGGAAACCACGAUCUUCAUGUCGCAAAUGCACCAAAUUCUGGCAACUGCUAUGCAAACCUCAGCCACUCUUAUCCGUGCCCUACAGGUCAGAAUGCUCAAACGUUUUUAACAGGAAGUGGGAAUUUUUCUGUUAGUGAAAUGGAAGUGUUUGGUGUUCAGGAGCAAGAGUAAUUGAAGUGGACUAAAAUUAAUAACCAUUAAUAUCAAAUCUCGUUAUUUUUUGUGUGUGUGUGUUUCUUUUCCCGUUAUAUUUAGUCAGCUAUUGAAAGCUUUGUUGAGUUGUCUUAUUGGCGAGCGAAGUCGUUGUUCUGUCGAUGACAUGGAUGUGUCCGGUUUCCAAAACGUAAGGUGCAUGGUUGCCUUGUUACGAGACUGAAAUUCAGAAUAAUAGUGUCUGUUUGUUAAGGAUCACAUCUCGUUAUUGAUAGUUUAGAUAAGUUGUGCUUCAC